GUGGUAGGCGGCAGGUGGAGAGAGGGUGGUCUAAAAUACACCAUGCGCGUACGUAAGUGGAGAGAGAUUAGCUUAGGUGUUGUUAGUUGAUUAAGCUUUGGAUCUGGCGCCAUUGAAAAGCCGAAAUGAUUACCCUUUCCCCUGGCCUUGCUAGUACUAUAUAUACCAAUACCAGUAGUACCACCACAUCUCUUCCUUUUAAUUACCAUUUUGCCCCUAUUAAGUUUCCCACGUCCAAAAUAUCUCUCCCAAAAUCAUCAUCAUCUUCUUCCUCUAAUACUCUCAUCUCAGAGCCAGAUAUGGAUGCCACCACAGUUGGUCAAAGUCUUUACCCUUUGCAUCGUUCCAAAACUAUUCAUCUGGUAAGGCAUGCUCAAGGAGUUCACAAUGUUGCAGGCGAUAAAGAUCACAGCAACUAUAUGUCUUAUGACUAUUUUGAUGCGCAACUUACCCCUCUUGGCUGGAAUCAGGUUGAUAAUCUCAACAAACAUGUUCAAGCAUGUGGACUUCACAAGAAAGUUGAACUAGUAAUCGUCUCUCCUUUGUUAAGGACCAUGCAAACAGCAGUUGGGGUGUUUGGAGGUGGAGCCUAUGCUGACGGGAUUGAUGUACCUCCUCUAAUGGUGGCAAAUGUAGGAAACAGUGACCGCUCUGCAAUAACUAGCCUAAAUUGCCCACCAUUUCUAGCAGUAGAGCUUUGCCGAGAACAUUUGGGAGUUCAUCCUUGUGAUAAGAGAAGAAGCAUCAGCGAGUAUCGGCCACUUUUCCCUGCAAUUGAUUUCUCACUGAUAGAGAAUGAUGAAGAUGUUUUGUGGACCCCUGAUGUUAGAGAGAAAAAUGAUCAUGUAGCUGAGAGGGGCUUGCAGUUUUUGAACUGGUUGUGGACGCGUAAGGAGAAGGAGAUUGCUAUUGUUUCCCACAGUGGAUUUUUAUAUCAUACUUUGAGUGCAUUCGGCAAUGAUUGCCAUCCUACAGUAAAGAGUGAAAUAUGUACACACUUUGCUAAUUGUGAGCUUCGAUCAAUGGUUAUUAUCGAUAGAGGUUCGAUAGGUUCUGAUUCUUCAACCACUAAUUAUCCUGGAAAAAUUCCUCAUGGACUUGAUCUUCCAAGUGAUGUUGCAGAAAAGAAGGAUGACACUAAGUAAUGCCUCAUAAAGACAUUAUUUGCAUGCAUGCAGCCUAGGCAGUUUUCAAGUAGGGUGCUUGCUAUGUGGUUUAGAAGAGAUUUAAAGAUGUAAAUUUUUGGCCAGAUUCUUGGUCAAACAUUUGACUUGACAAUGUGCUCUACAUAUAUACAAUUAUGAUUAUCUAUGACCCUUUAUUGAGAUCAUUUCUUUCAAAAAGGGCAUAUUGGAUUCUAAA